GGGUCCGUUUGGGUAUUUGUUGAAAACGCAGUUGGCUGACUUUCAAAAGCUGACGGAAGACAAGGUGUUACGAGACAGUUUGAUGGGUUUUUAGAGACGGUGUACUUAAAUAAGUUUAAAAAAAUGAAUUUCAUCCGAUCUCGCCUGUCCAUUGGCAACUUUAUAGGCCAAAGGGACAGACAGGUCAGUGAAACAUGGAGCCACAGAGGGAUGUGCAGUAAACCACAGGAGGUGAAAGCCGAGCCUCUGCCAGCAGACCCAGCGCAAGAGCCUCGUCCCGCUUUCAGAGUCCCAGGCUACAGACCCUCCAAUCUGGACAAGAAGAUGCUGCUCUGGUCGGGACGCUUCAAGACAGCAGACCAGAUCCCAGAGCUCGUGUCGUUUGAGAUGAUCGAUGCUGCUAGAAACAAAGUCCGAGUGAAGGCCUGCUAUGUGAUGAUGGCAGCCACACUAGGCGCCUGUCUGGUGAUGGUGUUCCUGGGCAAACGGGCUGUUGGCAGAAACGAGUCCCUGACAAGUCUAAACAUGGAGAAAAAAGCUAAAUGGAGGGAGGACCUUCUAAGAGAGAAGGAAGCUGCUGCUGUUCUGUCGGAGAAGGCUCAGUGAUGGAAGACACCUUCCUGCAUACUCCUCCCGCUCAAUACCCUGCCAAUAGUGAGCUGUUCGCUCCCAUUGUAGAGCAGAAAAAAUAUAUCAGAGCAGAUGUGCAAUAAUUAAGGAUACUGCCUUUAAAAAACAACUAUGGCUUAUUCAUUUUGGAUAUAAGUUUACCCUUUCAGCAACUACAUUGACGCACUGGCACCAGUUUGUUAGGAAAAGCCCCUGUCAAUUAGUGUGGCGUCGCCAUUUGGUUGCAUUCAAGGACAGUUGAAACAUGUGUGAUUUAAUGUAGUAUUGUGGUUUUAGGCGUUUAUAAAGAAUCAAAACAAUGAUUGUCAGACAAAUCAAACCGCUGCAUCAAUUCCUCUAGUAGACUCCAACUUGUACUUUUCUAAAGCAAUCUAAUGUUAGCAGCGUAGGUAUUCCUUUUUUUAUUGUGCUGGCAAAAGUAAAAGCCCUCAAGAGGUCUUCAGUGUACUAUGGUGUGCUCUCAUGUCCUGGUACGUAUGUAAGUAGGCUGGUUAAUUUAUGACUAGAUGUGAUCUAUGUAUACAGUCAAUACCAAUGAAAUAAAGUAUAUCUUCCUGAAAA